CGAGUUAGCCCUUACCACCCCGCCCCCAGCCGCUUCCACGCUGCUACUACGCAUGUCCAGAGCCCCUGCCAAGGGGAGUGGAGACACGGAAGGAAGGAGGCGGGACAGUAUUUAAAACAAACAAACAAAAAAACCACCCUCAGGUCGGGGAGCGAUGGUGAAGGGGUCCGCUCCUCCCAGAAGGCGGUGCUGCUUGCCAGGGUGAACCACGCAGAGGGUUGUGGGGCGGAUAGCUCCCCUCCUGAUGGAGACUCAUGGAGUUGGGUGGGCGGGAGGACUCCAUAUCCCAGAAUGCCCCACGGCGGGCCCGACCGGCCGCGACUCCGGGCUUGGCCCCGGCCCUAGCUUGUCGGCGGUGUAUCGGGGCGCGUGGAGGCUGAAGUCACGGCGGCGCCCGCGGGGACGGAGGAGGGAAUGAGUGAAGAGGAGCAGGGCUCCGGCACUACCACAGGCAGCGGGCUGCCCAGUAUAGAGCAAAUGCUGGCAGCCAACCCGGGCAAGACCCCGAUCAGCCUUCUGCAGGAGUAUGGGACCAGAAUAGGGAAGACGCCCGUGUACGACCUUCUCAAAGCCGAGGGCCAAGCCCACCAGCCUAAUUUCACCUUUCGGGUCACCGUUGGCGACACCAGCUGCACUGGUCAGGGCCCCAGCAAGAAGGCAGCCAAGCACAAGGCAGCUGAGGUGGCCCUCAAACACCUCAAAGGGGGGAGCAUGCUGGAGCCGGCCCUGGAGGACAGCAGUUCUUUUUCUCUCCUAGACUCUUCACUGCCUGAGAACGGUCCAGUUUUUACUGCAGCAGCGGCUGCUACUCCUGUUCCAUUUGCUGUCCCAACCAGGAGCCCCCCCAUGGAGGUGCAGCCCCCUGUCUCUCCUCAGCAGUCUGAGUGCAACCCUGUUGGUGCUCUGCAGGAGCUGGUGGUGCAGAAGGGCUGGCGGUUGCCUGAGUACACGGUGACUCAGGAGUCUGGGCCAGCCCACCGCAAAGAGUUCACCAUGACCUGCCGAGUGGAGCGUUUCAUUGAGAUUGGCAGUGGCACUUCCAAAAAGCUGGCAAAGCGAAAUGCUGCGGCCAAAAUGCUGCUUCGCGUGCACACGGUGCCUCUGGAUGCCCGGGAUGGCAAUGAGGCAGAGCCUGACGAUGAUCACUUCUCCAUUGGUGUGGGCUCCCGCCUAGAUGGACUUCGGAACCGGGGACCAGGCUGCACCUGGGAUUCUCUGCGAAAUUCGGUGGGAGAGAAGAUCCUGUCUCUCCGCAGCUGCUCCCUAGGCUCCUUAGGUGCUCUGGGCCCUGCCUGCUGCAGUGUCCUCAGUGAGCUGUCUGAGGAGCAGGCCUUCCAUGUCAGCUACCUGGAUAUUGAGGAGCUGAGCCUGAGUGGCCUCUGCCAGUGCCUGGUGGAGCUGUCCACACAGCCGACCACUGUGUGUCAUGGCUCUGCAGCCACCAGGGAGGCAGCUCGUGGCGAAGCUGCUCGCCGUGCCCUGCAGUACCUCAAGAUCAUGGCAGGCAGCAAGUAAAGCUCCAGCUGGACUCAUGGAUGUACAUCCUUGCUCCCUGCUCUUCCUGCCCUCGGCCCCGGCAUCUGCCCAACUCUGGUACCUCCUGGAGGUGCCAUCUCUACCUCUGACAUAGACUGCCUCCCUGCAGGCUGAGGAGGGCAUGGGCCCAGGAGCCGGGGACCACAGUGCCAUAGUGGCCCAGGAUCUGUCCUCAUGUUACUAUUAACAAUGGAGGAGAAUGAAAUCGGGCACUGUCCCUUAGAGCCCAGAAUAAAUGCUGCUCCUUGGAUUCUUAAAA